GUUGAUUCUUUUUUGUUAUUUUCUUUGGUAUCCCCAAUCACGCAUCCAUAGGAUGCCGAGUAUAUCCAAUAUCCAGUGACUGAUUGUGACUCUUUAUUGAAUUGGGCUGAGUCAUCAAUUCAACCCAGUUGCCAUGGUAUAUCCAAUACCCAGUGAUUGGUUAUGAAUCUUUAUUUAAUUGGGCUGAGUCAGCAAUUCAACCUAUCUCCAGUGGUAAAAUGAUUAGCUGGAUUGGGCUGUUACAAAUUUUGAUGUGCACACGUUGCGGGGGAAAGUUGUGCGUGAAAGAACAUUUUUUUAGGAUGAAUCAAAACCAAACUUUCAGUUUUAUGCUCAAUACGUUAAGCUCCAACAAGUUCCGCACCGGCAUGGACUUCUUCCACCGCGCCAAGGCGGUGCGCCUCCGGAGCCACCAUGACAAGUACCUCCUCGCGGAGGACGACGAGGAGUCCGUCACGCAAGACCGGAGCGGCUCCUCCAAGAGCGCGCGGUGGCUUGUGGAGUACGUGCCGGAGUACGAAAACAUAAUUCGUCUGAAGAGCUGCUACGGCAAGUACCUCACCGCCUCCAACCAACUCUUCCUCCUCGGCAUGACGGGCCACAAGGUGCUCCAGACGCUCCCGCCGCGCCUCGACUCCUCCGUCGAGUGGGAGCCCGUCAAGGACGGAGGCCGCGUCAAGCUCAAGACCCGCUACGGCAACUUCCUCCGCGCCAACGGCGGAUUGCCGCCGUGGAGAAACUCCGUCACGCACGAUAUCCCGCACAGGACCGUCACGCAGGAUUGGAUCCUCUGGGACGUUGAUGUUGUUGAGAUUUAUGUGGACUCGCCGGCUCAUGGGAAUAGACCCUCUGCUCCACCCUUGCCUGUCACGGACUCUGUUCACACAUUGACCACCGCGCCGUCGCCGCCCACCGUGUCUGCUAGCUUUUCAAGGCAACAGACGAAUGAAUCACCGAAGGCGGAGGGGCGAACUAUAUACUACCAUAUUGCUGAAGACAAUGGAGAGGUUCUGGAUGAAGAUGUGCAGGGGUAUUCUUUGAUUUUCAAAGGAAAUGGAGUUGAAGAUUUGACUCGAAAGUUUGAGGAAGAGACAGGGUUAGAGGGAAUCAUUGUGUGUAAUCGGAGUCCUUUGAAUAGAAAGCUUUAUCCACUUCGCUUGCAGCUUCCUCCAAACACUGUGACCAUGCGGGUUGUUUUGGUUCUUCCCAUGUCAAAGGUGGCAAGGGACUUUGAGGCACAAGGCUUACUAUGAGAAGCCUAGAGUUUUGCAACGAAAGCCUAUAUAUAUGUACUGAUUGAAGCCAGUGAUUAUGUUUCGCCAAAGCAUUCAGGAAUAUGUUCUAGUACAUUGCAUUUAUUAAGCAGAAUUUAUCAUGGUCCUGUGGGGGAAGCUUAAAGUUGCCGUGGAAUGAAAAUCACAACAGCAAUAUCCAUUCAUCAAUGUACUUGGUUAUAGGCGACUCUGAUGGGGGAUUUUGUUGGGGAUUGUUUUUCAUUAACAACAGCUUUAAUAUAAGCUUGCGUUGCAUAUGGAUUGCAGGAAUUUUGUUGUGUGAUGGUUAUAUAAUUUUCUGUGCUUCAUGAUUUUUCUCUAGGCAAAACUACGAGAUGUAAAUAGUAUAAGUUUUGUCAGUAAUAGAUGAUUUUUUUUAUCAGAUAUGAAUUUAUAAUAUUGUUCGGAAAUUUAGAAACAUUUUUUUGUUAAUCAAGAGUUUAUUUGUGCUUA